AUGGAGGACCAUCGCCGAGACCCUAGCUCGGCCGGAUAUGAGUAUCCUGUUAAGCAGCGGAAAGUGCGCAAAGGAACUCGUAGCUGUUGGGAAUGCAAACGCAGAAAAGUCCGAUGUUCUUUCUCCGCAAUUAAUGAUAAUUCUACAGUCUGUGUUGCAUGUCGGAAGCGUCGUACCCCCUGUGUCAGCCAGGAGUUUUUGGAGGACUACGCUCCUCCCUCAUCUCUAGGGAUAGUAGCGCCAGUUCAUGGUUCCGAGACAUUAGGGACUUCCGGCAUACAAAAAAGUACUACCGCAGAGUCUGCGGCUCUAUUAACGCCAGAGUCCUCUCGAGGAUCGACCGUCGAUGACCAUCGAACACUUUCCGGGGCGCACAAGUUGGCUGAGCUCUCCAAGGCACUCCAUGCUGCCUUCCCAGCUCAACAAGAUGUCAAUACCAUAUGCCAAACCACUUCAUCAUGUUUAUUGGUUAUCUCUCAAUUACAUACCCGGCCACGAAACGAGAUCGAUCUUGAUGAGGACAAGUUGAAGAAGCGGCUUGCUGAGAUCCCGCCCAGUACUACUCAUCCGAUCAUCUUAGCAAGGCAUAUGCUUUUAUUAGCCAGUUUACUCCAGGAUAUGCAUACCGUUGAGCAGGAGAUUAGGAUGACCGAGACGCCCCUAGCAAUUAUGGAUCGGCUGCUGGAUAGUGUCACAACGCUAAUCAUGAAAAAGGAUAGCCUUAUUACAACCGUCGAUGGACUUCAAUGUGUUCUCCUCGAAGGGACGUUUCAUGCAAACGGAGGUAAUCUGCGGAGUGCGUGGCUUGCUUUCCGCAGAGCAUUAAGUCUCGGGCAGUUGCUUGGUCUCGAUCGUCCCCAGAUUCCAUCUUUACCUGUCAUUGAUUCCAAGAGGAAAGUGGACUUGCGUCAGCUUUGGUUCCGCAUACUUUACUUCGACACCUUCUAUUCCAUGAUGCUUGGUCUUCCUCAGGGAAAUGUAGAUAUGUCGAUGACAUAUCAGACAUUAUCCGACUGUCCAUCGAUCGACCAGCUUGAGCUCGUCCAGGUGCAAGUGGCGUCUGGAAUCAUUGAACGUGACAAGCGACAUUCCUUUGCAGACGAAUACGGAACAACUCGAGAUAUCGACAAUCAACUGCUCCAAGUAGGCCGAGAUAUGCCGAACAGGUUUUGGCUACCACCCCCGCCAACUGCCAAUGUGACUGAGAAGGAUGCCAUCCUUGCCGGGUUUCGAGAUACAUUCGUUCUAAUGGACGUCUUAAUUUACUAUAAUCUGCUUAACCAGCUUCACUUACCAUAUCUACUUUGGUCAGAUUUCGGUAAUAAGAACUACGAAUAUUCAAAAAUUGCUUGUAUUCAAGCUAGCCGAGAAAUCCUGACACGGUAUAUUAUCCUCUUGAAUCACAACCAGCUAUCUUUCUUCUGUGAGCGAAUCGACUACUUUGUGUUGAUGGCAUCCAUGACUCUGCUACUUGUCUACCUUGGCAAUCAUCGUUGUCCUCGGGAUGUAGCAGAGACAUCAAGCGCAAUUCCUCAUCUCCUUACGCCACACCAACGCCUCAGUGACCGUGCCACAAUGAAGCAGGUACUUCGUCUGAUCGAGCGAGCCUCUGCAAAGGGCUUUGAGGAGUCUCAACGAAAGGGGUUGAAUUUAUUGCGCUGUCUGCUUAGCAUUGAAGCUGAUGCAGCAUCCGGUCAAAAUUAUACCAUUUCAACCGGCGUCAGUCAUAGUUCUUCCUAUCAACGCGGUCCCGAAUAUUUUCAUACUGUCGGUAGUGAUGUCGAGGACUCAGUGUCUAUAAACAUCCCCUAUCUUGGUAUGAUCAAGAUUACCCGACAGACCACGCCUAUGCCAGAGAUAAUGAACUCAUUGCAGACUGAUCCGAGUGCAGUGAAUGGAGAGAAUAUGUACCAGUCAUCCACGACAACUCAAGUGCCGCAGCAAUUUUCGUAUGGCCUGCAAGAGUUGGGCGAUGAUUUGGCUGCCGCAAGUGAUAAUUAUCGACUAUCUUUUCAAGACAUUGAUCUGGACUUUUUUGAUAGCUUAGUACGAAGGAGAGACUUUGAGUUUGGUCUCGAUGGGUACGAUGGAAUGAUUAGUUGA